GCUUGUUCGGGUUUCCCCGGCUUGACCGGCUGCUGGUUUGCAGCGCGGGAGCGGAGGGUUGAGAAGGUUGCACGAAGGAGCCGUGCAAAGUGUUAAGGGCAGCGCCUUGCAUCAUCAUCAUCAUUAUUAUUAAUACUCGCGCCCUGCACAUUUCUGCUUAUUUUUUUGGAAUACCAUUACAUUUGAUAACUGUUAACGACUGGACGCGAGGAAGCACGUGGAUAAGGAUGUCCGAAAAGUGUUUUGGGUUUUUUGUUUGUUUUGACACUGCAUGGCAUAUAGCGCCCUGAAGGUAAGUUCGUUUCUCCUCGUGGGAAUCAAGGUUGCAUUAGAUAUUACCUGCUUUCAAAAAACCGUUUUGGUUAAAACUGCUGACCCGGCAGAGAAAACAAACAAACAUUAAAACCCUAAAAUUAAAUGCCCGAAUGUCUUAAGUUAGUCGAGCUAAGAGAGCAGUCCUAACCCCGCGUCUGGUGGACUAUUGAAAAAGAUGCAAUGGACUAUUGAAAAAGAUGCAGUAGAAAAGGUUUAAUAUAGGACCUACGGAGGGGAAGGUGGGAAGUCCCGAGAUUCGGAGGAUUAUUUAAUUGUGGAUGUGUAUGGUUGUAUUGUUAUAAUUCUAUAUUUGUAAAAUCAAAUAAAAAUGAAUUUCAAAAAGGAAAGGAAAAUUAACAAUACUGGCGUCGGCAUUUGCAGUGCGUGAAAGAUGCGUUAAAUAGAAGCAUCUGGGUUUACUUAUACAGAUCUAAGGAAAGCUGCUUGAGAUUGAAAGGCUCCCACGUGUGCUCGCUUCCUUAGGAGUAAGAGACUCAAGAGGGAUAUGGGAGUCUCUGUGGUUCAAUGGAAACGCUAGUUGAAAAAUGGUGGUGGAGGCCCUGUGCCUGAUGUGAGGAACUUCUGCCAAGCUUGAUAUGUCUAAGUCAGUUGUGGGAACCUUUGUCUGUGGGUCCCCAGAUGAUGUUGGACUACAACUCCCAUCAUCCCUGAGCUCUGGCCUUGCUAGCUAGGGGUGAUGGGAGUUGUAGUUCAACAACAUCUGGGGACUCACAGGUUGAGAAAGGCUCCCAUGCCCCCCCCAGCAGGUGUAGUCAGCGGCAAGGGAUGAUGGGAGUUGUAGUUCAGCAAAAAUAUCUGACGGGACGAAAGUUGCUCUCACACGGUCUAAUGAGUGAAUGCCUUUCGCUGUGGCUAACUUUUUGAUUUGUGUGGCACUGGGUCUUGAAAAUGUUUAGAAACUUCAGCUGGGUCAGAAUGCAACAAUUAGAUUUUAAAGCUGGGUUUGCAUCUCUCUCCGAUUCUUCUGAGUCUAUGCUGCUUUCUAGUUUGUUUCCUAGUUCAGUGCAAGGUUCUGAUUAUAAAGUCCUAAACUCUUGGAAUCUGGGUAUCUGAAAGGCUCUGUUAGCCUUUCUAGAGACAUCAAGGAAGUCUGCCUUAUUAGCCGGAAAAGCACGCACUGUCUAGGGCUGCUUCCCAAAAGUCCACAGAGCACAAAGUGCACACAUGGCUUUUCCUUCAGGAAAGUGUUAGGAGGGGGGCUCUUGACUACACUUUUUGGCUUUGCCAGUAAGGCCACCGAAAAACGGUGAUUUCUGGUUAGGUUGCAAACAGCCCUUCUUCCUGCCUUUGAUUUAAAAAUGAUGCCGUAAUAAAAUUCAAAGAAGGAAACUGUCACCAAAACAGUGGUGUUUUUGGUGCCAUGAAAUAUUUGAGUGCUAUUAGCUAUAUAGGGUUGACAUGCUACACUAAGGUUACCAGAUUUUUUUUCAAAGAAUCCAGGGACACUUUUUUUAAAAAAGAGAAAAAAAGUAAUUUUUUAAAAAAAAAAUUAAGAAGUAAUAUCUUCUGUGGUCUCCUCUGUCGCAUGGCCUUCCUCUGGGCCCUGGCCUGCUCUCUUGGAGUGCUAGCUGCCAUGGAGUAGGCUCAGGCUGGGUCUGGGCUCAGCCACGUGUCCUUGCACACCUGUUGCUCUCCUACCGCUCCUUCGCAGCGGCAGUGGCCCCCUUUUUUUCCUCCUUCCUCUUUCUCUUCCUUCUCCUUCUUCUCUCCUCCUUCUCCCUGCAUCGGCUCCGGGGUUUUCCUGGCACCUGCCUGGAGCUGGGCAGGUGGCCAGGUGCUCUCGCUCCCGGCUCGAUUUGGGUCACAGUGGGUGUGUGUCAACGGUUCCCCCAGUUGACGUGCCAGGCGUCCCCGGUUCCCUCUCAGCAGUGGCAGCGGCAGUCUCAGCAGCCCGGAGCCAGCCUGGUAGCACAGUUGGCUCUGGCUGGCUUCAGGAGCUGCUCGCUGCUGUGAUGCCCGCCAUUUUGCCUCCCCAUAUGAUGUGUCUUGUGCCGUUGAACCAAUUAUGCAACAUUUAUUCCCUACUAAUAAAUCUACAACACUUAAAAUAUAAAUCCGGGGACAUUAAAUGAAAUCCAGGGACAUUCCCGGGACAGAUUUUUGUCCGGGGACAAAUUUGUAAAUCCGGGAAUGUCUGGUAACUAUAUGCUACACCUCUCCCCAGAAUAGUGAAGGUUUGGAAUCCUUUGAGGAGCAACUGAAAGUGAUGGGGAAUGUUUAGCUUAGAGAAGAGAAGAUUAAGGAGGAGCACGUAGUACAUUGCAUUCAAAUAUCUAAACAGCUCUCAUGUAAAAGAUGGAGAAGACUUGUUCCCUGUUUCUCCAGGGGGCAAGACGACGGCCAAUAGGUGGAAACUGAAGGGAAGCAGAUCUUGGCUAAGCAUUAGGAUAACAUUCAUUUUGGUAAGAGCUUUGACUAUGGAGCAGAUGCCCUCAGGAUGUGCUAAGCUCUCCGUCACUGGAAGCUAUUUGUAAUUGCUACUAGUCACAGUGACUGUAUUCUACCUUCACUGUCAAAGGCACUUCUGAACGCCAGUGUGAUGGCCUGGGAAUCCGAUUCAGAGGCUGAACCGGAGGAAUCCCAGCCUGCACAGGAGUCCCCGCCUCCAGGGCCGGCUGAACUGGGACAGGGCCUUGAUUCUGAAGCGCCUGCACCUGUGCCGGAUCCUCAGGAGCAGGCACCAGGUGAAUCCACUCUGGUUCCGGAGGUGGUUGAGGACUCAGUGCCUACAGGUGAGUCUCCCCCUGGGUCCAGUAACCCUUCAGCCUCUCCUGAACUGCAGAGGCUCAGGGCAGAGAGGCGAAGGGAACUGGUUUCUCCCAGGAGGAGUGCUCGCCUUAAGGCCGGAGAGGCGGGUCUCCUGGGGGCCGGGGCCGCCCCUGGCCUCAGAGAAGAUAAAGGCCAGUCAGCCCAGUCCCAGGUUGCGGAAGCAACGUCGUUGAGUACCUGCUCUUGCCCGGACCCAGACCUGACCUUCCAGUGAUCCUGUCCCCGCCCAGCUUCCUUCUUCGGACCUCGCCUCGCUCCUUGUGAACUGUUUCCAGACCAGUGACCCAGGACCGGACUUUGACUACGCCAACGGUAACCUUCCCCCCGGGACCAGCACAGCCAGUUUCUGGGGAUUGCUGGUGGGCAGAGUUCUGUUAUGCUCAGGUUCUACUUACGGGUUUCCCACAGGCGUCUGGUUCUCCACCAUGAGAAUGGGAUGGAGUACUAAAUGGGCCAUUGGCCUAAUUCAGCAGAGCUUUUUCUAGGUUCUUUGUUAAGUAUUUGAGCAGAGACCAGAUGGUCAUCUCCCAGGGAUGCUGCAGUUGCAGAUCUUGCAUUGAGCCUCUGAAACACCUUCCAACUUGAUGAUUCUCAAAAGCUGUUCCAACUCGAUGAAUCUAUGAAACACAUAAAAUAGGUAUUGAAAAUCUGUAAUAAAUUUAAAAGGCCACAAAAAAGACUAAAAUUGUACCUCAAUUGCUUGGGGGAAAUAAAGGUGUCAAAAUGGCAUCAAAAUGUCAAUAAAGUACCAUAUUUUUUGCUCUAUAAGACUCACUUUUUCCCUCCUAAAAAGUAAGGGGAAAUGUGUGCGCGUCUUAUGGAGCGAAUGCAGGCUGCGCAGCUAUCCCAGAAGCCAGAACAGCAAGAGGGAUUGCUGCUUUCGCUGCACAGCGAUCCCUCUUGUUGUUCUGGCUUCUGAGAUCCAGAAUAUUUUUUUUUCUUGUUUUCCUUCUCCAAAAACUAGGUGCAUCUUAUGGUCUGGUGCGUCUUAUAGAGCGAAAAAUACGGUAGGUGUUGGGCAAAUCUCUCCUGGGAGUUUAUUCAGCAGUAGAUUAUUCAGGAUGGUGCUGUUGGGCCUACUAUUAAAGGGCUACAUGAACAUGUUUUGCAAUAUGUUGUUGAAAGUCAAGUGAUCUGUCAUUUCUUUAGCAAUUAAGCUGUAUCAUAGUAGGCUGGGCUGACACACUAAAAAGAUUGUAUGAGAGGCAGGUAGCAACAAACAUUUUGUUCCAAUGAGUCUGGCUUGAGUCAACAAGGUUCAAAGCAGUACAGAUAAUCUUGAUUGCAAUAUUUGUACAACUCUGGUAUAAUUCGACUUGCCACUGAUGUGCAAUAUCAGAGUUUUUUGUUUUUGUUUUUUAAAAAAACCAAUCCACAGCCUUCCUUCAAAUGUCAGAGAGACUGGUUACUCCUCCGUCUUUUGAAGUCUUCCGAAAUGGCCGUGCUUUAACAAUUAUUAGAUAAGCAUGUCUCAUGUAAAGCUACAAGCCAGCAGAAAAAUCUCUAUUUUCCUCCUGUUAUUUCUGCCAGAUAUUUUGACCAUCUGUCUAAUUUUCUCCUCUGGGCUUGUUUCCAUGUUAGUAUAUUUCCGGGCUAUUCCAAGUAUUGCUCUUAGCAGGAAUGCAACUUUUGUUGGACUUGAGUCUCCGUGUAUUUGAAGGCUCCACCUACACAUCAGGCAGCUUUGCUGCUAAUACCCCCACUGUCAGAGUUGCCACCUAACAUGGUGGCACUGCCUUAUUCUGGAAUGGGUGGGGGGUGGGGGAGAGUGGAAAGUGGGAGAGGGGGGUAGGGAGAGACAAAAAUCUGGCUCGUGUUUGGAAGCCAUUGGUGGCGGUACAAUAGAACGGAGGCUCUCAAAAGCUGGUUGCUCAGCGCAUCAGGGGUAUGGUCAACUCUACUGUUGGGUGCUAGUGGCUCCCCAGGGUCUAGGCAUGAAGUCUUCCCCAUCAGCUGAGAUGCCAGAGAUUGUUUGCAAAAGCUCCUGGGGGGACGGCAGACCCCCAGUACCUCCGAGCAUCUCCCAGUAGGCACGUCUCUGGAAUGGCAUGUCCCUUCACUCCGGAGUGCCCAUCUGCGACACAAGUCUUCUGGCAUCACACAGCAAGAAGAUAGAGACAUCCAUAGAUCUAACCGAAAGAGUCCGCGACUAGGAGGAGGAGGAGUAUCAGGAAGAGUGGAAUAAAUUUAAUGAUUAUCUAGUUAAAUUUGUUAAGUUAAAUUAAUUGAAAAUAGCUUGCAGAUACUUAAUUGGCUUAGGAUUUUAUUUAUGUUAAGUGAUGAAUUAAUAUGUUUAAUUCCAUAAGGUGAAGAUUUAAGGAUGUUAAUGUUUAAGUUAAAUUUCAUAAGAAUUGGGAUUUGGAAAACCGUUAAAAGGACAUGCAAUGAAAUUCAACCAAGGGGAAGCAAGGAAGUCACUUAACAAAGUUAAUAAGUGCAUUUUCAAUAAGGCUAUGAUUUAUGUUUGUUUGUCUUGUGUGUGUGUUUGUUUGUUUGUUUGUUUAUAAUAUUGUGAAAACCAAUAAAAUUUUUGGAGAGAAAAAAAAGAGACAUCCGUAGAUCUAAACUACGUUUUAUUCUUAAUAUAUACAGAGAAUCCAUAAGCACAUCUGUGUCCUCCAAACUUUGGCAGAAACAGAAAGCAUACAGCAAAAGCGAAAGUACAGUCUAAUAACACUCUCAGACAGAAGAGAUAAGACUGUCUUCCGUUCCCACACUCUUCUCAGACAUCUCAUGUGAUUUACACCAACCACACCAGCCAGCAUCGGCUACAUAAAAUCCUAACAGAGUUUGUGCCUGAGAUCUUCUGCAUACAGAAAUGGUACUUAUCUUUGAGUUCAGUCCCUUUUGCUUGGUUGCUUGUCGAUAGGCCGCAUGAAGAAUUGGCAUAUUUGUAGACCAGUCAAGUAUUUCUAAACAGGCCAUGGUUAUGAUGCACUGACACUUCCCUGAAAUUACAGUGUUAGAAAUUCAAUAAUAAUAAUAAUAAUGUAUUAUUUGUACCCUGCCCAUCUGGCUGGGUUUCCCCAGCCACUCUGGGCGGCUUACAACAAAUAUUAAAAAUACAUCAAAAUGUCACAAAUUAAAAACUUCCCUGAACAGGGCUGCCUUCAGAUGUUUUCUAAAUGUCAGGUGGGAUAUUAUUAUUAUUAUUAUCAUCAUCACCACCACCACCACCACCACCAUCUUCAUCAUUGCAAUUAUUAUUAAUUCCAUUUCUAUGCCGCUUAAUAUUUUAAAGAACAAAUCAUAGCAGUUUACAACACAUAAAAACAUCAAAUACUGCAGAAUAAAAAUAAUUCAAGCUGUAAGGAAAAUAUUUCAGAUCCUUCUCUAAGUGACAUUUUGCUUUCCCCAGUUGCCAACCUAGCAUCCAGAGAUCUCCAUAUGGUCGCAAUUGGACCCGCAGUAGUUGCGAAACGUGCCUGGCGCCUGCCUAAUUUCGAACACUGUGGCUGUAGGCAGUUGUUAGAAAUGAAACUUGUUCAUCAGGUACCGUGAUACCUCGGGUUAAGUACUUAAUUCGUUCCGGAGGUCCGUACUUAACCUGAAACUGUUCUUAACCUGAAGCACCACUUUAGCUAAUGGGGCCUCCUGCUGCCGCUGUGCUGCCGGAGCACGAUUUCUGUUCUCAUCCUGAAGCAAAGUUCUUAACCUGAAGCACUAUUUCUGGGUUAGCAGAGUCUGUAACCUGAAGCGUAUGUAACCUGAAGCAUAUGUAACCCGAGGUACCACUGUACUGAGAGGGGAGGAGAUUAUCAUGGUCACAGCACAGAGAUUUUUGGUGGGAAGAGAGUCUCUAGAUUUCCAGUUCCAUGACAUGCGAAAGCUCUGCCGACUUCAUAAGAGGCAACUUUGGUUGGACAGCAUUAAGGAAUGUAAAUUGUGGAAGUUUUAUGGUAAUGCUGUACAUUAUUUCAGGCACGUGCUUUCCAAGCACUGAGCCUUCUUUUGUUUCGUUUUUACAAAUCCACGAUAUAAUUUUGCAGGCUCUGUGUGUGCACGGACGCCAUUUCCGCUGUGCCCACGUUGCUCGAGUGUUUGGAACCAGAAAAAGAGCAGUGAAAGAAAUUCUUUGAAGAAACUUAACCUUUGGAGUGGGAGAAGAAAAGUCAAGCAGAGGAACAACGCAUUGCCACAGGAACAGAAUGUUUCUCCAGCGAUGAGUGUUUUGAUAUUAUUAUUUUUUUAAAGGUGCAACAAUUGAAACAUAACCCCCUCCCACUCCCCCCCCCGAAACCUUCUUAUUAAAGUAAACAAGCACAAUAAUCCGAAUGCACAGUAUGUCUCUUGGUCUCUGGCAAAUGCUUAGUAAUGCACAUUUUGUUUCUUCCCAGGCAAAUUUCUCAUUAGUCACUAUCGUAACUGAUACAUUUGUUAUAGAAAGGCAAUUAAUUCCAGAGGCAUGACUGGAUCUCCGUAAGGUCACUUAAUGCUCCUGUGUCGUGCUGGUGGGGUAGAGGGAGGUGGGAAGUGGAAGUAUUUUACCAAUUUUAGGGUCACACAGAUCUAUAUCCAGUCAGGUUUUUAAAAAUACAGUAGUACCUUGGGUUACAGACGCUUCAGGUUACAGACUCCACUAACCCAGAAAUAGUACCUCGGGUUAAGAACUUUGCUUCAGGAUGAGAACAGAAAUCGCGGGGCAGUGGCAGCAGGAGGCCCCAUUAGCUAAAGUGGUACCUCAGGUUAAGAACAGUUUCAGGUUAAGAACAGACCUCCAGAACGAAUUAAGUUCUUAACCUGAGGUACCACUGUAAACACUGAGUUACAUUUGGCAAAUGGCUUCGGUAUAAUGCAGAAAUCUGUGUGUAUACACCAGCUUUCUACCAUGGAGCUCAAAGUGGCAUACAUGCCCCCCCCAAAAAAACAACAACAACACACACAUUAUCCUCACAAGAAUCCUGUGGUUAGUUGGUUAGGCUGAGAGAAUGUGACUCAGGAACUCAGCGCCACUCAGUUUUGUGGCAGGUUUGUGUGAACCUGCUCUCCUAAGCACUAACUAUUAUACAGAACAUCAUUUUAUUAAAAAUUGUUGAUAGGAGUGCAGAGAUGGUUAUUGGCUACCUACUGUGUUUGUAUUUUAAAAACCAUUGGGCACCAAAGAUAGGAUCUAUCUGAAUUCAUAUUCCAGAAACACAGGUGUCAUAUUGAGUAAUCAUAUUGUACCAGGCGUCCUCAACCUCGGCCCCCCAGAUGUUUUGAGACUACAGUUCCCAUCAUCCCUGACCACUGGUCCUGCUAGCUGGGGAUCAUGGGAGUUGUAGGCCAAAAACAUCUGGAGGGCCGAGGUUGAGGAAGCCUGUAUAAUUAUACAAUAAAGCAGUAGGUAAAUUGUGCCAGAAACGGGUAAAUGUACGAUGAAGCUAAUGUAGCUUAAGAUUCAGGGUUUCUAAUCCUGGAGGGCCCCUUUGCUUAAUUUUUUGGUGGGGUUUGUAGACCCAAUUUGAGUUGCAUGGCUCAAAUCCUUCUCUGAUGCAUCAUUCAUGGAUAUAACAUUGGGCAGACUAAAUUUCCAUACACACUGCCCAAGCUUGCACCUGGGGCAAGCUAACGCAGGGGUUUUCUUCCGCCCCCUGCAGGCGCACUCCAUUGUCUCUUGAGACCAGACGGAUGCCAACCCACCAAUGGUUAGGGGAGGUUUGUUGAAACAUCACUGAACAAUUGACCACAACCCUAGGAAAACGCACAGGCUGAAGUCCAAUGCCACUGUCACACUUGCAGAACGGCUUUUGAGCCAACCUCUGAUGACAUAAAGGGAGGCUAUUUUUCUGCAAUUCCCCUAUCCUCUUGCAGUCCUCUGUGCCUCUCCCCCCCCCAUCUGUUCCAUAGGAUUUGAGAGCCCUCCAGAACAGCAUGGAAGGUUGCUUUGGAGACAGGAGUAGGAAAAUGAAAUGGGGAGAAAAUUCCCCAUUCCCUCCUGUUUCCUUAACAGUUGCCUUCCCUGGAUCAAAAGCAUUUCUAGAAAAGAAGAGUAGCAUUGGAUUUUACCCAUGGAGUAGUGCAAGUUAAAGGAUUGCGGGUGGCGCUGUGGCCUAAACCACUGAGCCUCUUGGGCUUGCCAACUGGAAGGUUGGCAGUUCAAAUCCCCGCGACAGGGUGAGCUCCCGUUGCUCCGUUCCAGCUCCUGCCAACCUAGCAGUUUGAAAGCACAUCAAAGUGCAAGUAGAUAAAUAGGUACCACCGCAGCGGGAAGCUAAAGGACGUUUUUGUGCGCCCUGGUUUCCGUGACGGUGUCCCGUUGUGCCAGAAGCGAUUUAGUCAUGCUGGCCACAUGACCCAGAAAGCUGUCUCUGGAGAAAUGCCAUUUCUCUGGGCCUGAAAGCGAGAUGAGUGCCGCACCCCAUAGUCGCCUUUGACUGGAUUUAACCGUCCAGGGGUCCUUUACCUUUUUUCACCUUUACCUAGUGCAAGUUAAGGUGAGAAAAUUAUCUAUAUUAUUUCCAUCUUGAUCAUGAUAUUGUCUGCUCCUGUUGCUCGGUCCCUGCUCCUGCCAACCUAGCAGUUUGAAAGCACGUCAAAGUGCAAGUAGAUAAAUAGGUACCUCUCUGGCAGGAAGCUAAACGGCCUUUCCGUGCGCUGCUCUGGUUCGCUAGAAGCGGCUUAGUCAUGCUGGCCACAUGACCUGGAAGCUGUACGCCGGCUCCCUCGGCCAAUAAAGCAAGAUGAGCGCUGCAACCCCAGAGUCGGUCACGACUUGGACCUAACGGUCAGGGGUCCCUUUACCUUUACCUUUAAUUGGGUUUUGUACAUAGCUCCCGACGAAGGUGAUUCCUCUGAAACACCAUACAGUUGAUUACCAGACGCUCUGGAGAGUCUCUUUUUGGAUCCUGCCACCCCACCCCACCCCGUUAGACAUGUUGAGGUGCUCAGCUCAGCUGCCAUUCUCAGGACACGGUUAAAUUGUGAGAAAUCACCCUUUAAUGGAACUUAACCAUUUUUAAACUUUCUGUUUUUUUACUUGGGUUUUCCACCAGUAUCUAGCUGCAUGAUGGAAAGAGAACAAACUCAAAACUUGCAUUAGCAUUUCAGUGGUUAGUUCCUUCUAAACAACAACUGAAAAAGGAAAAUAUAGAGAAAACCAACCUACAUUUGUGUUGCUACGGAAGAGACAGGAAUUCUUAAGGUUAACUGAAAUAAUUAAGUUUGCAAGAAAUCUAUACUCCUGUUUAAUUUUGCUUUCAGGGUGUUCUGCUGCUGCUGCGCUGAAAUGCUAUUUGUUAAAAGAUUCUUUGCUUCACAUCUGAAGACCAGCAAGAUGCCCCAUCGGUUCCAGAGUAACAAACGACCAGUUGCUCCCCUUGGGUCACGAGUUUUGUUGGAUCCAGAUAAAGUUUUUGAUCACAACAUGUGGUAUGAUUAAUGCAAUUUGCUACUGUGUUAUCAGUUUGUCUUUUAAAUAUAGGUAGGGAUUUAUUUAUUUUUUUUAUUUUUUUUGAGAAUCUAAACACAGAGGCUGAAUGCUUUCCUGCCAUUCAGAGGCCAGAAUCCAUAGCCAGCAGAAGAGAGAAACCUUACAUGCAAAUGGAAAGUGUUUGUCUGUUAAUUUAGAGAGACAGACCAACUGAUAUCCAGUGGUCGGUCAAAAUAAUUAUCUCAAUGUUUUCAGAGAUUAAUUGGAUACCUUGGAUAUCUGCCCUGCCCUCAUAUGUGAUAUAUAUCUGUUUACCAAUUCCAGGAAAUUUAAGUGGGCACUUGUUUCACCAUCACAAGAAUGGCUACCAUCCAUGUUCCAUUAACUUUUAAAAAUAGAACAUGAAGUAGAGCCAUGUUAUGAAAUAAAUGAUGGAUGUACUAGUAGCAGGAAAUUGAGAUUGUUAUUAUUAUUAAUUGAAUUUAUAUACCAACCUUUGCCCCCCCAAAAUUAUGAAUCUUUGUAAAUUGUGUUUCUAAAGGAUCUUUUGUUAUUGCCAAAUGCCAAUGUGUUUGCAUUACAGUGGUGCCUCGCAAGACGAAAAGAAUCCGUUCCGCGAGUCUCUUCGUCUUGCGGGUUUUUUCGUCUUGCGAAGCAAGCCCAUUAGAGGUUUAGCGGCUUAGCGCUACAGUAUUAGCGGCUUAGCCGGCUUAAAGAUCAGCUGAUAAGCGGCUUAGCAUCAGCUGUUAAGCGGCUUAAAGAUCAGCUGUUAAGCGGCUUAAAGAUCAGCUGAUAAGCGGCUUAAAGAUCAGCUGAUAAGCGGCUUAGCAUCAGCUGUUAAGCGGCUUAAAGAUCAGCUGAUAAGCGGCUUAGCAUCAGCUGUUAAGCGGCUUAAAGAUCAGCUGAUAAGCGGCUUAGCCUUCAGCUGAUAAGCGGUUUAGCGGCUUGGGAAAAAGGGGGGGGAAAAGGAAAAAAACCCCGCAGGAACUUGCAAGACAUUUUCGUCUUGCGAAGCAAGCACAUAGGAAAUUCGUUUUGCGAAGCACCUCCAAAACGGAAAACCCUUUCGUCUAGUGGGUUUUCCGUCUUGCGAGGCAUUCGUCUUGCGGGGGCACCACUGUAUUAAGUUUGUUAUGAAUAAAAAAUACAUUUUAAGUUAGAGCUUAAUAAUUAUUUCACUAUUAAUAUAUUUCUUAAUUGUAUUUCACUAUUAAUAUACUUCUUAAUUGUAUUUCACUUCAACAAUUACUUUGAUAAAAUAACAUAUUUCGUUAUGUGGUAAUGGUUUUAGAUACCUAUUAGGUCCAUAAAUUACCAUAUAGCAUAUAUUCAAUACAAAAAACAGUGACAAUUGAACAUAUAAAGGACAUCUGGACAUAUAAAGGGCCCCAUUACCUUCAGUAGCUUAGGGCCUCAUCAAACCUAAAUCCGGCCCUGCGUAUAACCCAUUGCAGUAAUCUAACCUUGAGAUUACCAGAGCAUAGACAACAGUAGUUAGGCUAUCCCUGUCCAGAUAGGGGCGUAUCCAUACCAUAAUAGGAGAUGAGCCCUUACUUCCUUCUUCCUACCUUGUAUGGGACUCAUUUCCCUACUUCCAGGGAAGCAGUUUGGCUCUGUGCUCCUUCUAAGUCAGGGAUGGGCAGGUUGCAGACCUCCAGAUACCGUCGGACUUCAACUCCCAUCAGCCCCUGCUCUCACUUCCAUACAUCACUGCUGGGAAAACCAUAGCUUUAACUAUACGGACCUUUGAUGGCAAGGUGAUGUCUCUGCUUUUUAAGAUGCUGUCUAGGUUUGUCAUCGCCUUUCUCCCAAGGAGCAGGCGUCUCUUAAUUUCGUGGCUGCUGUCACCAUCUGCAGUAAUCAUGGAGCCCAAGAAAGUAAAAUCUCUCACUGCCUCCAUUUCUUCCCUUUCUAUUUGCCAGGAGGUGAUGGGCCCAGUGGCCAUGAUCUCCGUUUUUUUGAUGUUGAGCUUCAGACCAUAUUUUGCGCUCUCCUCUUUCACCCUCAUUAAAAGGUUCUUUAAUUCCUCCUCACUUUCUGCCAUCAAGGUUGUGUCAUCUGCAUAUCUGAGGUUGUUUAUAUUUCUUACUUGCUUCUGUGGCAUGCCUUAGGACCUAGCCAUUAAGUCAUCAGCCCCUUUUGAAUUUUUGGCACUGAAAUUCCUAGGGAAUAGUUCGCGUUGCUCAGCGUUUUUCCACUCUUGUUUUGGCGCAAUACUGUGGCAUGGCCGCGGCUCCAAUCCUUUACUGAGGCCUGGCUAACAUUAGAACACCAUUAUUUGACAUAGGGAGAUUUAAAUCUUUAUCCCACUCAAAUCCAUCUGUUGCGCUCUAUAAUUAAAAGCUCCCUGUAGCUCACCUCUGGUUGCUGUUUUGGGUUGUGUUUAGUGGUCUGGCAACACAUGGGAGCAAUUACAAGUAUUUCUUCAGAAACAAAACCAGCUGCAACAUUCCUCUAUCGGAUUACCCACACCUUUACUAAGCAUAUUUCUGUACUUAUCUGUAUGUUAUGCUUUGACUCGCCGGGCGACCAUGUUUUGAUAACUACAAAUCUGUGGUGGAAUGGCAGCCGCAUAGCGCAGCUGGCACAUGACAUGCAACGUGUGUCAUUUUAGGAGAUAAUGAGCCCUUAUUACACGGGAAUCAAACGGCACAGACCCUAUCACGAGCGCACGGGCUUGCGUUUUGGAGAGAUGGCAUGUUUGCGAAAGGACAAACUUUCCGCUGGCGCUCACUCCAGAAAGCUGCGGAAUGUCCUAUAACGAAAAGGCGACACACACCACAGAGGCAUUCGAAUGCUGCCGUGGACCGUGAGGAGAGGGCAGUACAAGGAGUUUGUCAGCGCAGAGCCUUCUGGAACGCUCCAGAAAGCAAAAGAAUGGAGCGUAAGAAUGGCAGGAGCUCCAGAGGGCACCAAGGCCUACUUUAAAGACCCGGGAGAGUGAAGCGAGGGGUGAGGUGGAGAGCAGCUAAUGGAAUCUAGAAUAUACAAUGCAUUUGAUUACAUGUGGUGCUUAAGGGGAGAAAAGAAAAGAAAAGACCGGAAGCUUUUAAAAAUAAAAGGCAUCCUUUCCCCCCCCUCCCCUUGCAAUUCCCCCCCUCCCCCUUGCAGGGACCACAUGCAGUGGUCACAGGAAGAAGAAGAAACAGCCAAGGAAAAAGCCGCAGAGAAUUCACUCAUCAGAGUCCAACCAGAGCUGCAAGGUAAAAUUCCCUAAGAACAAUUAAAACUGCAAUACCCCCACCCUUUUGUUUAUGCGCUAAUCCUUAGCAUCACCAUCUCCUUCUUUUCCUAUGCGCUGAACAGUCAUACUUUGGAAGUCGAAUGGAAUCCGUUCCAGAAGUCCGUUCAGCUUCCAAAACAUUGGGAAACCCAAGUGCGGCUUCCGAUUGGCUGCAGGAAGCUCCUGCAGCCAAUCAGAAGCCGCGCCAGACAUUCGGCUUCUGAAAAUCGUUCGGGAACCGGAACACUCACUUCCGGGUUUUGAUCGUUCGGGAGCCGAUUUGUUCGGGAGCCAAGGCGUUUGAGAUCUAAGGUACGACUGUGUUGACUGUGACAUAUAUUAACGUUGCUCCCUCCUGGCUCACGAAAUAUUGACAUCUAACUCCGCUCUGACCUCCCAAGCACAUCUGGCGUUACUCUCCUGCUUUCUACAGCUGGUUGACCUUCAGGGUGAUAACAGCAUGUGCAUGGUCGCUACAUGAAUUUAAUGUCAGUGUUCGGUUUUCUAAAAGAUCUGUCGAUGUAUCUUUUUCCAGAAUUAAUAAACCUCAGCUUGAUAUGGGAAUCUGUAGAUCUGAAAGGAACCCGUUUAAUUAUUUUUCCAACAAAAAAAUCUUGAUCCUCCCUUCAGGCAAUUUUUGCAGGACUGUUCGCCUAGUCAUGCUGUUUUUUGGGGGUAACCACAGUAGUGAAAUCUAGGUUAAUGGGAAACAGGCAGAAAUACCAUGUGGUACAGUCCUCUUUGGUGUCUCUGUGCAUGUUAGGCAGAUGAGCUUUUAGGAGGACCUCCAGAGUUUGACAAGCUGGGGAGGAAAACCAUGUGCAAGAUAUUGAGACUGUGUUUAUUUAAAAUCCCUGUAUAUUUUUAACCUGUGUUUCAGGCAAAAUGUGAUUUGAAGGAGCAGCUUACAACAAUUUUAAAAAUCAUCCCAUAAAGUACUGGUUUAAAAUGCAAGAGUAAUAGUAGUAGUAGUAGUUAUUAAACUUCCUCCCACUGGUUGUGUGUUUGCCCCCUGUGCUGAUGUCUUUUCAACAUCGGUGGAAGGCGUUGCUAAAUUUGGUCUUCAAGGUACUGUUGAGAUGGUUGUCUUGUUUGUUGUGAAUCAUGUACUUUGGGAAUUUUGUGGAAGAUUUGCAAGUUUUGAUAACGUUAUGGUUUUAAUGUGAUUUUUUUUAUUAAAAAAAACUACCGUAUUUUUCGCUCUAUAAGACGCACCAGACCACAAGACGCACCUAGUUUUUGGAGGAGGAAAACAAGAAAAAAAAAGAUUCUGAAUCUCAGAAGCCAGAACAGCAAGAGGGAUUGCUGCGCAGUGAAAGCAGCAAUCCCUCUUGCUGUUCUGGCUUCUGUGAUAGCUGCGCAGCCUGCAUUCGCUCCAUAAGACGCACACACAUUUCCCCUUACUUUUUAGGAGGGAAAAAGUGAGUCUUAUAAAGCAAAAAAUACAGUAUUUUAAUGUAAUUAUUGUAUCCUACUCUGGAGGCGAAAAACUAGUGGUGUGUGCAUAUGUAAACGUGUUUUUCUUGCUUCCCCUGUUCCACGUUGUUCGGGAAGAAAGCACCUCAUCAUUAGAUCAGGGCCUGGUGAAGCCAUCCUGGAAGUUAUGAAGGAGGAGGUGGCAGAGACAAUUCAACAGGUGGCUGCUGUUUUCUGAUUAUGCCCAUAGUUGUAAACACUGAAACGCUCUUGCCCCUGCUAUUCAGACCAGGUAGUAGUCUGGCUGAUCAAGAAUAUUUGUUUCAAGUCAUUAAAAGUGUGAGGGCUCAUGGCAAUCUCGGCCUUGUUUAUCUAAUAUGUGAACUGGGAAUACUUGGAAAAACCCCAUAAAAGAUGGGAAAGUCUGUAUGAGUGUGGGAGUGGGUGUCACCAGAGGUAUGUGCAUGGUCCAUUGAGAAGCUCAAAUGUGAGGCUACACACUUGCUGCCCUUUGCAAAUGGAGGGGGAAAUCUUAAGCCAGAAAUAGAUGUCCUGAAUUUGAUUAGUCUUGUAGUCAUUUGCUCACAGAGCCUCUUCAGAUGUUGCUUGAUACAACGGGCUCAGGAGCAGACAAGAGGGCCCACCUGACCUUCAAUCAGUCUCGUUGUCCCUGCUUAAUGGAAAGUAUAAGAAGAAGGGCAAGGCAGUGGCGAGGUUUUGUUGUUUAGUCGUGUCCGACUCUUCGUGACCCCAUGGACCAGAGCACGCCAGGCACUCCUGUCUUCCACUGCCUCCCGCAGUUUGGUCAAACUCAUUUUGGCAGCUUUGAGAACACUGUCCAACCAUCUCGUCCUCUGUCGUCCUCUUCUCCUUGUGCCCCCCAUCUUUCCCAACAUCAGGGUCUUUUCCAGGGAGUCUUCUCUUCUCAUGAGGUGGCCAAAGUAUUGGAGCCUCAGCUUCAGGAUCUGUCCUUCCAGUGAGCAUUCCUUAAGAAUGGAUAGGUUUGAUCUUCUUGCAGUCCAUGGGACUCUCAAAAGUCUCCUCCAGCACCAUAAUUCAAAAGCAUCAAUUCUUCGGCGAUUAGCCUUCUUUAUGGUCCAGCUCUCACUUCCAUACAUCACUAUUGGGAAAACCAUAGCUUUAACUAUACGGACCUUUGUUGGCAAGGUGAUGUCUCUGCUUUUUAAGAUGCUGUCUAGGUUUGUCAUUGCUUUUCUCCCAAGAAGCAGGCUUCUUUUAAUUUUGUGACUGCUGUCACCAUCUGCAGUGAUCAUGGAGCCCAAGAAAGUAAAAUCUCUCACUGCCUCCAUUUCUUCCCUUUCUAUUGGCCAGUGGCCAUGAUCUUAGUUUUCGGUUUUAGUGGCGAGGUUGGUGCAGGGCACAUGCAGUGCCAGGAUGACCCCGGGAAGUCACACAUUUCAGUGUAUUCCCUGACUGCAUUGUGUGGUGCACCUGUGCAUUUCCCCUCAUGGAUCCUUGACACCAUUCUGUAGCCACUCCUUGAGAGCCAACCGGUAUCGCUUUGGCUGACGUUUGCAUUUACCUGGAGACCUGGAACGAAAGGUUCUUGCAAGGAUGAAUAAGGGCUGCGAUGCGUUGCUUUGCAUUGCAAAACUGCCACAGCCGCGGUGAAUCUUGCUGCUUCUCUUCAUUGUGGAAAACCAUGUUUUGUGUCUCUCUCUCUCUCUCUCUCUCUCUCUCUCUCUCUGUGUGUGUGUGUGUGUAUGUAUCUAUCCUUUCUCUCCAUUUCCACCUGGCCAAUGAAGUUCCUCUAGGUCUUCAAAGUUUACUCUUCGUAUAAUCUUUUCGGCUUCAAUUCUGAAAUAAGUGCAGACUUGCAAAUUUGCCUCGUUUGACAUUCUUCCUACUCUUUUAAAGAUUAAUUGAAGCAUGGUUAGCAUUCGCUGGAAAUUAAAUAAGUAGAGUGCAGGCAGUAGCUUAUGGCUGAGAUAUAUUGGACUCAGGAAGCCAUUCUUUCUCUUAUGAAUGCCUGCAUGCUUAAAAUGGGAAUAGGUGAGCAUUGCCAAUAAUGCUUCCUCUCAAAGCAUCAUCUUCUUUCUGCAUGUGGCAGCACAUUUUGACCUAUUUAUUGUUAACAAUGAGCCGAGCUGAAACUAAUGAGCAGGUUAUUUUAGGUCAUUGGAAAUCACUGUAAAGAAGAAGAAGAAGAAGAAGAAGCAAUAAAUAAAAGGCAGUGUUCCUCCAACAUACUGCAGCAUUGCCAAAAAGUAUCAUUGUGAAGGACCUUGGUACAAAAAGGAAGAGCGAGAAUGAAUAAACUGAUAGACUUUCGAGCACUUUCUUUGCUUAUUAACAUGGUCAGCUGCUUUUCAAGCAUGCUUAUUAGGCAAAGAGGAGGCUAUUGCGUUUAAAAGGAAAAAGAAGAAUGUAGUGUUUGUUUAGCGACUUUACACGCUGCUCUGUUCUGAUUUCCUCUCUUUUGAAGGAUGCUACAAAAAGGCAACAUCCUGAAACAAUGCCAAGCGAAUAGCAACCGAAAGCCGGCAGCCAUGUCUGAUCAGCAGUGCUUCCAGAUGGGUGUUAAUUGUGGGAUUGUUAUUCCUCGCUAGAGACGGCCAAUCCGUCCGAAUCUUGUUUCUCCCAGUUUUUCAUUUUUCCACUCUUCAGUUUGCCACAUUUCCACAUCAGUUUGCCAUUAAAAAAAAGUUCUCAUAAAAAAAUUAACAAUUGCAUUUUUGUGUGAGUUGCUCCCAAUACACACACGUUUAUAUGCAAUUUUACCUCAUACAUAUUUUUUUUUUUUUGCAAAGCAAUUUCGCCUAAUGUAAUGCAUUGUUGUAUGUUAGUUUCUUCAGUACAGUCAUACCUCAUGUUAUGCUUGCUUCACGUUACGUUCUUUCAGGUUACGUCCCGCGGCGACCCGGAAGUACCGGAAAGGGUUACGGUACUUCCGAGGUUCGCCACUCAUGCAUGCGCAGAAGCACCAAAUCGCGCUGCACACCUGCACAGAUACGAUGCUUCAGGUUGCGCUCUUUUCAUGUUGCGAACGGGCCUCCAGAACAGAUCCCAUUCACAACCAGAGGUACCACUGUAUAUGCAUUUAUAUGCACACUUUGCCAUACUGUAGGCAUUUUUGUACAUAUUGCUUGACUGGAGGCUAUGUUGCGAGAUCCGGGGAAGUGCAAAUAUUGAAGGAAGGCAGUGUUUUUGGCUUGGGUACUGUUCCAGGAAGUUUGAUUAGAUAUGUUCGCCUUUAAACAUGAACUGCAUCGGAUUUCUUCCCCAUCCCAAAGUCAUACAUAAAAUUUUUCUUUUGUUAUAUGUUGUCAUUGGAAAGGCCAACCCAUACAGUGGUACCUCGGUUUUCAAACGUAAUCCGUUCUGAAAGACCGUUCGAGUUCUGAAACGUUCAAAAACCGAAAACUCAAUAGCCAACAGCUAGGCCUUAGGCUCUUGCGCUCAGCGGAAGCAGUGUGGUACGUUCAACUUCUGAGGUGCGUUUGAAAACCGAAGCAUUUACUUCCGGGUUUACAGCAUUCGAAAACCGAAAUGUCCGUCAACUGAGAUGUUCGAAAACCAAGGUUCCACUGUACUUCCCCCAUACUCACAAAUUUGAAUCCAGAUUUAUCCUUUCUGCAGGAAAUCCAAUAAUUUUCCUUAAAGGAUGUGUGGCCAACAACCUGUUUGUCAUGUCAAGUCUCUGUCCAAAAGUGCUCUUAUGUGGGGAAAUUGUUCACAUGAAAAGUUAAAUUUUAGAGUGAAAGUUGGAGGGUGGGCCAUUGUUCAGGGCUGGCUCAGUACUUUUGGACACCUUUACACCACAAAGAACUCAUAACCCACCUCCUUUCAGCAGCCAGAAGCAUCAUAGCCAGACAUUGGAGAGACCUGUCAGGAGUAAGCACGGACCAAUGGUACCAAAUAGUAUGGGAAACAGCCUUAUUAGAAAAAUUAACCAAUAAACUGAAACUGACCCGGGGACAAAUAGAAGAAGACACCUUCACCCCGGUAUGGCUCCCCUUUAUCACAUACACAGCCCAACAAGACAAUGACAAAAAUCCACCAAAAGCAUACAAAUCAGUAUGGCUAACCUGAUCCAAAACACCCACCCACCCCACUCACACAUGAAAACAAAGACCACCACAGCCAGCCACAAAUGAACAACCAACCCUAGGCCAAGCCCAACCUCUCUCACCACCAAAGGAACACAAGUGAACAGCAGAGAACCUGCACAAGCAACGCUGACACCAAACCCUACAUAUAGUAAGUAAAAUAGAAACAUUGCCACCCGACCCCACCCAUCUUUCCCCCCCUCCACCUCUUUCCCCCCUUUUCUUCCUAAUGUCUCAACAAAUGAAAUUGAUUUGUAAAAAUGUUACAUGAGGAAAAAAACACGAGAGAGAGACAUUGCACACUUUUGUAAAUCAACAAAAUCUUUAAUAAAAGUAAAUAAAUAACACUUGGAAAAACCCACACUUUUGGACACCUAAGGAGGACCCAAAAAUGGCAACUCUCAACCCCACCAGGGUAGUGUUGGCAAACACUCCUGGGGGGCGGGAGACCCCCAGUACUUCCAAACGUCUCCCAGUAGGCACGUCUCUGGAAUGGCAUGUCCCUUCACUCCAGAGUGCCCAUCUGCGACACUUCUCAUUUGAAAAGUGCACACAAGUCUUCUGGCAUCACACAGCAAGAAGAUAGAGACAUCCGUAGAUCUAAACUACGUUUUAUUCACAAUAUAGACAGAGAGUCCAUAAUCACGUCUGUGUUCUCCAAACUCUGGCAGAAACAGAAAGCAUAUAGCAAAAGCGAAAGUACAGUGCAAUAACAUUCUCAGACUGAAGAGAUAAGACAGUCUUCCGUUCCCACACUCUUCUCAGACAUCUCAUGUGAUUUACACCAACCACACCAGCCAGCAUCGGCUACAUAAAAUCUGAACAGGUAGGAGCGGGGAGGGAAGACAUCAGUGCUAUUUUUCUAGAAAAAGAGGUGCCGGAACUCACCAUGAAUAUGUCCCUUGUUAUUUUACAAUGGCAAUGGCGCCCACCUGAGAGGUGCCAAAACUGAGUUCCAGCUGAAAAAACCCCUGGGGAAAACUUACACCAGGAGCAAGGAGGGAAGAAAGAUUGACAUCAAGAUUGGCUUCCCCAGUGGACCCUGCCACCUGAGGCGGUUGCCUAACGUUGCCUCAUAGGUGGGGCUGCCCUCAGGGGGGAUACAAAUCAAUGUGUGUUUUUUAAAAAAAUGGAUUUUUAAAACUUAAAUUAGAUUUUUAAAAUUUAAAUCAGAUUUUUACAUUUUAAAUGAUUUUUUUUAAAUUUAAAUCAGAUUUUUAAAAUUUAAAUUGGAUUUAUAAAAUAAACGGCUUUUGGAGGAAAAAACUUUCUAAAAAGUUUUCUGUUUACCAAAGACUAUUCAUCAGGAAAUAAGGAUUUAAGUUUAUCAUGUGUGCUAAAACUCAGUGUAAGUUUUUUUAAAAAAAAAUGUUUCAUCGCAUCAGUUAACAAACAUGGAUACAUAUGCUAUAAUGUUAUUGUUUUAGUUAAAUAAAUUGUUUAUAUUGUUAUUAAGGAAAGGAUUAUUUUUCUCCUUCCAAUAAAGUAUAGCGGAAGAGUUGCCCAAAUAUAAACAGUUAGCUUAUUAAACCUCACAAUAACUUCAUAAUUCUCUCUCAAUGCAUUUCUAAUAGUAUAACCAAACCAGCAAUUUUUGAUAUAACUGUAAAAGCUACUCUGAAAAUUUAUUAUUCCAAAAAUGAAACCUUCAUCUGGUUGCAAAUAUUAAGAUUAUACCAGCAAGAAUGAGUCUUUCUGUAAAAAAUAUGAUUUAAAUCAAGUCUUACUGACUAGUGAUUUAAAUCGUGAUUUAAAUUGAUUUGAUAUAAAUCAACUCCACCCUGGCUGCCAUGGGUCAGGUGCUUGUUUUACAUGUAGAAGGUCUCUGUUCAGUCCCCAGAUAGGUCUUGAGAAAGAUUGCAUCUGAAUCCCCUGGAGAGCCACUUCCGCCUCCAGACCAGCAGUGGUGGAGCUUGGAUUCCAUCAGCUGCCGUCAAUGUGGUUAAUGGUCAGGGACAAAAGAAUUGUAGUACAGCAUCUUCUGGAGGGUCGCAGGGAGUGAGGUGGCCUUUCCCGAAAGAAUUUGAAUUGACAUGCUUUGCCCCACAUCCCUGGCUGCAGGUUCCCCAUCUCUGAUUCAGACAGUGCUGAGUUAUAUGGAGCAAUGGUCUGGCUUGAUAUACAACCAAAACAUAAGGAAUAAUUAUUACAGUCGUACCUUGGAAGUCGAAUCCGUUCCGGAAGUCCAUUCGACUUCCAAAACGUUCGGAAGCAAAAGCUGUCCUCCGAUUGGCUGCAGGAAGCUCCUGCAGCCAAUCAGAAGCUGCGUAGGCCACAUCGGAUGUUCGGGUUCCAAAGAACGUCAGCAAACCGGAACACUCACUUUUGCAGCGUUUGGGAUCCAAAACAUUCGACUUGCAAGGCGUUCGGAUUCCAAGGUACGACUGUGCUUCCAUUUAAGUUCAUUAAGCAGUCCUUUUGAAUUCUCUUUCUUGGGGAACUGGGAUUAUUAAUUAAUAAACUGCCAGCAUUUGUAUCUCCCCUUCCUGUAAGAGUGUGUUGAUGGCUGGAAAACAUGUGCAUAAAAUAUAUGUACUCUCGUGAGUUCAUGGUUCAUAGGACCACUCUUGGAUAACUUGAUUAUUAAAUCUGUUUAAAGCAGCACUGGUUUUCCAUUGUAACCAAUUUCAGUCCUGUCCCAAAGAUGCACAUCUAUUUUGAAAGGAAUAGCGGCGGUGCUCUUUCCUCUGCUUUUCAUGGAAAAGAACCCAUUUUCACACAGCCCAAUUAUGUGUGUUCUAUAAAUAGCAAGCCUGUGACGUGUGCUUUGGGUUUGUAAAGGUAAAGGGAUCCCUGACCAUUAGGUCCAGUUGCGGAUGACUCUGGGGUUGCGGCGCUCAUCUCGCUAUAUUGGCUGAGGGAGCCAGCGUACAGCUUCCGGGUCAUGUGGCCAGCAUGACUAAGCCGCUUCUGGCAAACCAGAGCAGCGCACGGAAACGCCGUUUACCUUCCCGCCGGAGCAGUACCUAUUUAUCUACUUGCACUUCGUGCUUUCGAACUGUUAGGUUGGCAGGAGCAGAGACUGAGCAAUGGGAGCUCACCCUGUCGCAGGGAUUCGAACCGCCGACCUGAUCGGCAAGCCCUAGGCUCUGUGGUUUAACCCACAGCGCCACCCGCAUCCUUCGCUUUGGGUUUGUAGAGCAGUGUAAAUUAGGAUUUGCGCAUGCGUGUUAAUAAUAAUAAUAAUAAUAAUAAUAAUAAUAAUAAUUUAUUAUUUAUACUCCGCCCAUCUGGCUGGGCUUCCCCAGCCACUCUGGGCGGCUUCCAACAAAAUAUUAAAAUACCGUAAUACAUCAAACAUUAAAAGCUUCCCUAAACAGGGCUGCCUUCAGAUGUCUUCUAAAAGUUUGGUAGUUGUUGUUCUCUUUGACAUCUGGUGGGAGGGUGUUCCACAGGGCGGGCGCCACUACCGAGAAGGCCCUCGGCCUGGUUCCCUGUAACUUGGCUUCUCUCAGUGAGGGAACCGCCAGAAGGCCCUCGGCACUGGACCUCAGUGUCCAGGUAGAACGAUGGGGGUGGAGACGCUCCUUCAAAUAUACUGGAUAUCCCUUGUGUCCACUACAAAGAAAAGUGAGAGGUGUGAGAAUCAUGUUGGUGAGAACUCAAGUUAUGGGAUCCAAAAUACUUUUGCAUCUCUUCUGUUUUGUCUUCUAGCAAUGCUCAUUCGUGGAUUUAGUGAAAAUACGGCCUUGGGUCAACACCUAUUUACAUGUCGAAAGUUCACAUGUGCUUUAAUCUUCGUUUAGCUUAUUGUUGAUUUUAAUUAUCUUUUAUAUGCUGUUUUUAACUUUCUUCGAUAAUUUUGAUGUUUUGGUUUUUGUAAACCAUUUAGAAGUUUUAUUGUAAUUGAACAGUGUGUAAAUUUUGUUGAAUAAACAAAGUUGACUAAGGCUAUGUUGAUUUUUCAAAAUCCUAUCGUUCUGUAACCUUGAUGCAAAUCAUUUAUUGCAGGAAACUCAAAUUAGCUGCGGUCCUUAUACCAGUGCAGGUCUUAGUAAUAUUCAGAUUGCCUACCAUCUUUUGAAAUCUCCAUCCUUACCUUUCAUUAUCAGUAAUGUUUAGUUUUAAUUAUCCCCACCACCACUCUUUUAUGCCAGCGAUUCUUUAUGCUUAUGGUUUCUUGGUUUCUUUUUGGUUUUGGUUUUAAAUCUAGCAAAGUAUGAGAGAGAAGCCAGUAGAUAUUGGAAUGAAUUUUACAAGAUCCACAAGAACCAUUUUUUCAGAGAUCGCAAGUGGUUGUUCGUGGAAUUUCCAGAAAUUCUCCCAGAAGGAAAAUCUGACCUUUGUAGAAAAGCGACUACAGAAAACUUGAGAUGUACUGGUUUACUUGAAGACAACCAUCUUUGUGAGGAUGAUUCUGCUGCAAAAGUUUCUUCCGUUUUGAGCGCAUGUUAUGAUAACUCUGCAGCUGAUGAGCAAAUUGUCAAGAACACUGGAAAACAAUUCCCUGGCGGUGAUUCUUCUUACCGAAUAUUAGAGGUACGGUAGAACUUUCUAUUCUGUGUCCAACACCAUAUUCUCCUGGGGUUUUUGAUGCUUAUGCAGAAGUGCAAAAAUUGGAUUGAUCUUGAGACUUGUACUCUGCCUUGUUUUGGCAAUCCUCCUUUCCCCUUCAGCGCAACCCAUAAAUCAAGGCCUCCUGAUCAUUGGGAGAGGGUUAUUUUGGGGGCGGUGGGAGUCAACCUAUGCUUCUCCUUCUACCCUCUUCCACAUUUGUUUCUGUGGAUCCAACCCAUAUGCAGCUUUGUGAAUAGUUACCUCUUUCUUAACUCACCUGCUGUGAGGUAAAGCAGAGGGCCUUCUUAGUGGUGGCGCCCGCCCUGUGGAAGGCCCUCCCACCAGAUGUCAAGGAAAUAAACAACUAUCUGACUUUUAGAAGACAUCUGAAGGCAGCCCUGUUUAGGGAAAUUUUUAAGGUUUGACGUUUUAUCGUGCUUUUAAUAUUCUGUUGGGAGCCGCCCAGAGUGGUUGGAGAGGCCCGGCCAGAUGGGUGGGAUAAAAGUAAUAAGUUGUUGUUGUUGUUAAUGUUGUUGUUAAUAAAUUAUGAUGAUGAUAUUAAAAUUUCAUUGUUUUUUUUAAUCCUCUCGGGUUUCCCAUACAGUAUUGUUCUGAAUAAGUCCUUGGGAUCUGAUAGGUAGCACAAUCUUACUCAUUUAUAAAAUGUUUAAAAUAGUAAAAAAAUCAAUGAAUGGUUUACCAUAGGAAUGGAGUAACUGCAAAAAGGCAAGCAACAUUCAACCAAAUUGUGCCUUAAAAACUGAAUGAAAACAAUAUGGAAACUUGGGGGGGGGGGGGAGUUCAAUAUUGCAGUCGUUCCGCCGGGGCAAGCAUUUGGACUUGCCAGAAGAAUGAUCCCCCUUCUCGCUGCCCCCCCCCCAACAACCAUAUACGACAAACAAAACUGAGCAGUCUACAAAACAAAGUCUGGGAAAACUUCGGUCAGCUUAAAGUUUUUAAGAAGCAUUUAAAGGCAAUUGCUCAAGUUUCUUUAAAUAUGUCUUCUCUUCUAACUUAUUUCAUGAUACUCUGUUGAGGUUAGGAGCUGGUUGCAGCUUUUCUAUAUCCCUUUGCGCGCAUAGCCACUCUAAUACAUUUUAAGUGAGAGAGAGAAAAUACCAGCUGCAUUUUGGAACAAAUUAGUAUUUUGUGUGUGGCUACCAGAGUAAAGUAAUUUCUUGGUGCAUCAAACAAGAUGAAGCCCUUCCUUGUGAAAAAAGGAGGACACACACAGAACUAUUCCCUGAAGAUAUUUUAAAGUUUAAUUCUUAGUCUGUUCUCGCCCUGCCCCCCCUAAAUGUUGGAAAAAAUUUUUUUAUAAAUGUGAUCAGCUUAAUAUUUUGCUUUUGUCUUUACUACCAGGUUGGCUGUGGUGCUGGUAACAGUGUUUUCCCUAUUUUGGAAGUGAUUCGGUAAGUUGCCUUGCCCUGGUCCAGAUAAAAAGUUACAUGCUACAGUAAUGAGGAGGGAACAGCUGCUUUGCCGUAACUCCCACUAAGAAUUUUCACUAUUGUUCAAGAAUGAGGAGCCUCUGGUCCUCCCGAAGUUUUUUGCCCCAGAACUCCUAUCUAUCAUCCUUGACCUUUGAUCAUGCUGGCCGGCUCUGUUGAGUGUUGUUUUUAUUAUAAUUUAUUAAAUUGGUAUACUGCCCUUCAUCCAAGGAUCACAGCGCACUUCACAACAUAAAAAUACAAUAUGAGAACACGAAAUACGUAAUAAGAAACCAAAAAAACCCAAUAACCCUGUGGCGAUCACACAGGGUCCCCGGACGUUUCACUGCCUGUUGAUCCCUGUGCCACCACUUUAUUUCUCCCUGCCACCACCCAGGCCUUACCCGGUAAAAUACUGAGUCCAGUCAGGGUUAAAUUGGAAUAUAAACUUCUGUUUAUUUAUUGCAGUUUAACAAGCGUGUGGUUUCAUAAACGGUAUCAGUCAAUUACAAUCAUGGGGUGCCUAUCCAGACCUAUAACUUCUGCUACCUGGUCUCACUCACUAAACCACCUCUCAGAUAUUUACUUGCCUUCCUAGCUCCUAACUGUUCCUGACUCAGCUUAUUUCGCUACACUGACUCAACCUACCCACAGACUCUAUCCCAAUUCACUCCCACUCCAACCACCCAACUCCCAACAAACUCCUUCCUUCGCCCCUCCCAGAGCUGGUUUUAUAGUCCCUCUGACUCCACCCCCUGGGUUCUGAUUGGGUAACCUGUUUAACUAUCUCACCUCCAGCACUCUCAUAUGUUAACGUCACAAACCCCCCUCCAAAAAACAAACAAACCACGUUUAAAAGGCCAUAUAAUAUUUAAUCAUUCCAAGGCCUGGUUAUAGAGAAACGUUUACACCUGGCGCUUAAAGAUAUGCAAUGAAGGCGUCAGGCGGGCCUCCUCGAGGAGAGCAUUCCUCAAAUGGGGAGCCACCGCAGAAAAGGCCCGUCCUCGUGUUGCCACCCUCCGGACCUCUCGUGGCUUCCCACAACAUCUGGAGGGCCACAGGUUACUUGUCCCUGCUGUAGGUGAUGUUAGCAUGAGAUGUUCCAUUGGGUACGAAGUUUCGUUGGCCUUCAUAGGUCCAAAGCUGUACAUUGGUACCUCGGGUUACAGACGCUUCAGGUUACAGAAUCCUCUAACCCAGAAAUAGUACCUCUGGUUAAGAAUUUUGCUUCAGAAUGAGAACAGAAAUCGCACAGUGGCAGCGGGAGGCCCCAUUAGCUAAAGUGGUGCUUCAGGUUAAGAACAGUUUCAGGUUAAGAACGGACCUCCAGAACGAAUUAGGUUCUUAACCCGAGGUACCACUGUACCAUGAAUUGGACUCCAAAUGAGUCAGAUGCCGGCACAGGCAAGAAACAACCAGUGUAAUGUGUUCGUAAUUUGUAAAAUCUGCAUGCGCGGAAAAUCUCUUGGUCAGCAGUAUUUCCAGCUAUUUGUGGUUGUUCCAUUGUAGUUACGCUUCAGAGUAAUCAGUGAAAAUUAAAAAGUUGUGAUUGACAUUGCUGCUGGUUCUUAAGAGCAAAGCAGAUCCAAAAAAUUUUUCCCCUUUAUUUCAUCUCUUCCUAAAAUGAAACACUGCACUGUACUGGCAAUUGUUCUUGGUACAGUCGUACCUUGUAUGUUUGACUUACAAAACGUUUGGAAACCAAAGCGCGGCUUCUGAUUGGCUGCACGAAGCUCCUGCAACCAAUCGGAAGCUGCGGAAGCCCCAUUGGACAUUCAGCUUCCAAAAGAACGUUAGAAAACUGGACCACUCACUUCUGCGUUUUGAUUGUUCAGGAGCCAAGGCGUUUGAGAUCCAAGGUACAACUGUCCUGGGGAAUGCUGCCUUAUGUCCUUGGUGUCUGAUAAUCUUAAAUACACAAGGGAGUUUGGAGCUGGCUCUGUAGCGGAUGGAGGUGGGGGAAGAAGCUACCCCUGUAUCGGAGCCAGCCUGCGUUUUUCAUUCAGAAAUUGAACAGAGACAGUUUGCGCUGGGACUGCUGUUGGAGGACCACAUUCCCUUAUGAUACUAGCAAGUGGGAUCGAAAGGUCUCUUGUAGCUACAUCCCUUUCCUUUUUGCUCAGUUCUAUAAUAUUGCGCAGGGACGCAGGUGGCGCUGUGGGUUAAACCACAGAGCCUAGGACUUGCCGAUCAGAAGGACGGUGGUUCGAAUCCCCGCGACAAGGUGAGCUCCCGUUGCCCGGUCCCUGCUCCUGCAAACCUAGCAGUUCGAAAGCACGUCAAAGUGCAAGUAGAUAAAUAGGUACCACUCCGGCGGGAAGGUAAACGGCGUUUCCGUGCGCUGCUGUGGUUCACCAGAAGCGGCUUAGUCAUGCUGGCCACAUGACCCGGAAGCUGUACGCCGGCUCCCUUGGCCAAUAAAGCGAGAUGAGCACCGUAACCCUUGAGUCAGUCACAACUGGACCUAAUGGUCAGGGGUCCCUUUACCUUUUAUAAUAUUGUGCAACGGCUACCAAAUGCAGCUUCGUCACAGACAAAGCAAUGGCCUAGUAGGGAUGGAGUCCUGGAAAAGUAAGCGUUUCGCUGGGCCUGCGAGACAGAGCUGUUCCACCAGGCCUUUGGCCAGGGCACAGCCUGACUCCCUCCCUCGGCAAUCUUCGCGGAGCUCUGGCCCAAUGGUUGCCAGUGGCUUGAAUUAAUUAAUUUUAUAAUGAAUGAUUUUAGAAUGUUGUUUAUGCUGUACUUUUGUACUGUUUUAUUGUUGUUAGCCGCCCUGAGCCCGGCUUCGGCUGGGGAGGGCGGGAUAUAAAUAAAAUUUAUUAUUAUUAUUAUUAUUAUUAUUAUUAAUUUCCCAACAAGACGUUUAACCACCUCCACCCUCAACUUUCCCGUUCGCUUCCCUCUGCCUUUGCCCUUUCCACAUCUCCCAAGAACUGGGUUUAGGUGAUCUGAUUAUGCCUGCAGAUGGAUCCCCGGCGAAAAUCGCUUCACAAAAGCAAUUAAUGGGGCUGAUAUUUCCCUUGUUUCUUUCUCCAGUCACCAUCCCGGAGUCUUUCUGUAUUGCUGCGAUUUUGCUUCAGAAGCGGUGGAGCUCAUCAAGGUAUUUAAAACGUGGCAAUUCGUUUGCGAGAGCAUCCUUCAAUCCUUGGGUUCGCCAGCCAGUGAAAUAGGCAUCAGUACCGAUAUAGAGCUCAAAGACUGCAACAGUUUGGAAUUAUAGUUCCUUUUCCAAUGAAGUAGUGCAUGUGGAACUGGUUCAUACGCUUUCCUGGCUAGUGGGUGCUUCCAGAUGAUGCCCUAGAGAGGAUUUGAGAGCUUGGUACCUAGAGGUGUGCUUCCUCCCAGAUAUUAUUCCAUACUUGCAUCAUUCAAAAUCAGAGGUCCCCAUCUGCUUCUGCUGACUGGUGUGGUAGUGUGGAGCAGGGUUUUCUCAGGUGUGGUGCUAACCUCUAGAUCAGGGGCAGGCAACCUAAGGCCCGGGGACCGGAUGCGGCCCAGUCACUUUCUCAAUCCGGCUUGCGGAUGGUCCGGGAAUCAGUGUGUGUUUUUACUUGAGUAGAAUGUGUCCUUUUAUUUAAAAUGCAUCUCUGGGUUACUUGUGGGGCAUAGGAAUUCGUUCACUUUUUUCCCUCCAAAAUAUAGUCCGGCCCACCACAUGGUCUGAGGGACAGUGGACCGGCCCACAGCUGAAAAAGGUUGUUGACCCCUGCUCUAGAGGUGGUUCCCCCACACCAAGGGGGGUCCAUGGCACAUACCUGCCAACUGUCUGGGACAUCCCAUUUUUGUGAUUAGUGUGGCCCGGAAGAUGCAUGUCCGGGUUUGGGCUGGUACCUGUUGGAGCAUAUGGCAGCACCAUUCACAUAACGAAAAUAAAAAAACCAGAUUUUUAAAUUAAACUGGAUUUUUAAAAUAAACUGCUUUUAGAGGAAAAAUCUUUCUAAAGAUAGUUUUCUGUUUAAGUUACAUUAUAAUGCAAAGGCUAUUCGUCAGGAAAUAAGGGUUUGUUUUAAGUUUUUCAUAUGUGCUAAAACUCAGUCUAAGUUUUUUAUAAAAAUAAAAAUGUUUAACCACAUCAGUUAACAAGCAUGCUAUAAUGUUAUUGUUUUAGUUGAACAAAUUGUUUAAAUUGUUGUUAAGGAAAGGAUUAUUUUACUUUUUCUGAUAAAGUACAGCGGAAAAGUUGUCCAAAUAUAAACAGUUAACUUAUUAAACCGCACAAUAAUUUCAUAAUUAACGGUCUAUGUAUUUCUAAUAGUAUAACCAAAUCAGUAAUUUUUGAUAUAACUGUAAAAACUACUCUGAAAAUUUAUUAUUCCAAAAAUGAAUCCUUCAUCUGGUUGUAAAUAUUAAGAUUAUACCACGAGAUUAUAACACGAGUGUUAGCAUCGGCCAUGCGGGAGAGUGAUAUUAAAAAAGCUCAGGGCAAUCUCCCAUUUUCUAAAUUUUUAGUCCCCCAAAAUAGGGGGCGUCUUAUACAUGGGGGUGUGUUAUACCGUGGAUGCUCGUGUUGCGAACGUGAUCCGCAGGUUGCGAUUUGGUCUCCUGCGCAUGCGCAAAGUCUGAUUUAGCGCUUCUGCGCAUGCGCGACCGCCGGAACCCGGAAGUAACCCAUUCCGGUACUUCCGGUUUUCCGCGCGUCCGUAACCCGAAAAAACACAACCUGCAGCAUCUGUAACCCUAGGUAUGACUGUACACGGAACAGUGUGGUAAUUUGGUGAGAGCUUUAUAUCUGGUUUUUGUAUAAACUGGUCCUUAGAAAUGGGGUGGGUUGUUUUUUUUCCCUUUUCCGAAAUCUGAAUUGCUGAGGAGGAGGGAUUUUGAGGGGAGCGUUUCUGUGUUACAGGAAACAGAUUCUAAGUAGUUUGAGAGUCUCUCUGUUUGUUCUUUCGGAUUGGGGGGGACUUGUUAACAGUCGCAUCCACUCAUCGAUUCCUCCCGGUGUUUUGCCUUUGUUCACGACGUGUGUGAUGAUGCCUCGCCCUACCCUUUCCCAGAUGACAGUCUGGAUGUCAUUCUCCUCAUCUUUGUGCUAUCUUCCGUUCACCCUGACAGGUAAAUGAGGGCUGGGAAAGGUGGGGGACAGAGCCAAACGCAGUAAAUGUCUCUCUUCAUCUGGAGUGGCUUUCAGGGCUAUCUUUAGAGAGAGGGUGAAUUUAUUACUGAAGAGUCCUCCGAUGCACUUGCACGCUGGGCAUUUAAAAUCCCAAUCCUCUCCCGUUCACAGCGAGAGCCGGUCAAAAGAGCGCUUCACUAAUGAGGCCCCUUGUCUCCCUCAGAAGAGGCUUCUUUGGCAAAAUGCAUGCCUAUUAAAGAUGGCGGGUCUUUCCAAAAUAUUACAAAUGACUUCUUCUUUUCCCCUUGGGAAAAAAAAAUUGAAAUGAAACCGGCGAAAUCCAAAUGGCCACCUUCAUGCACCAAAGAUAUUCCCAGCUUUGUUCUCCAAACAGCUGAGCUUUCUGAUUUGCUUUCAGAGAAAAUCGCAUUUCCCUCAUUUCUUCCUGUUUGUUCGGGAGGCAAGCGGGUGAUGAGUCAUAGGCAAAAGAAUACUUUGCCAAGCCCGGGUGGGGAAAGGGAAGAAAUAUCUCUUCCCUGCACCUUUUGCUAACUCUUAAGCCGCAAACCUUCAGGUUUUCUGUGCAAAUUUCCACCAUUAGCCUUUGUAGAUCGUCCUGUUUUGUUCCCUCACCGUCAGGUAAUCUGACGAAGGCUGCUGUGAUUAAUAUCCCUCAAUUCUAAUACUGCAAAAGGCUGUAUUUAAGUGUUUUGUUUUAUUUAUUUUUCCAAAUUUUUUAGUUUUCCAGAUUUAUAAUAAACAAAUAGAAAAAAAGAUAAUCAAAAAACAAACCAACAAACAUUUAUCCUGAUUGUAAUAAUUCCACUUUUGAUAACAUUGUGAGGUGAACAGUGUGUAACAAUGUAUUUAAGUGUUUUGAAUAAACAUGUAUGUUCCACUGAAAUCAGUGAAACUGGUUGCCGAAUAAGUAUGCCAAAAUUAGGUCCGAGCUGCAGUUUGUAUCCUAAAAUCACUGUUGUUCUUUUUCUCGCCACUCACCUUAUCUUAGUAUUAUCCUAAUUCCAAAGGUUAAAGCACUAAAAGAUAGUUGUUUGUUCUAAUCUUCCUAAAUAUUUAAAGAAAUUCCCCCGAACAAGUGCCUCUUAAUAAAAAAUAUUGAUCUUGGUUUGGGGUGGGGGUGAGGAAAAGGCAAAUAAUUUUUUUAGCGGGCAACGUGCAAAAGGCCACAAGGGUUCUUCUCAUGUAAGAACCUUCAUUCAGCAUUUAAAUUAUUAACUGAUUAGUUUUUAGGGCACUUACAGCCUGUCACUGUUUUAUGGGUAGGGUUCAGUCACGCCCUGGCAAAUUCAGGUUGUGGAAUUCAAAAUGCUUUGGUUCUCUUGAGUUCACCCCACACUGAACUUUCUGUGAUAAGGAAAGUGGAAGGAAAUUACAUUCUGAAGUGUGGAGUGACAAUUGCUGGACACAAUGUCCUGUAAUCUCCCCACAAACUUUGUGCAAACGAAUCAAGAUGAAUGUUUUUUUUAUUGAGUUUUCAAAAACCAAAUCAUUAGACCCUCAGUGUCCCUAUUUUCCAGGGACAGCCCUGGAUUUAGAGAAGCUGUCCCGGUUUCUGAUUUGAUCCUGGAAUGCCCCAUUUUUCCUUAGGAUGUCCCUAGGUUUCAUCGGAGAAAUGUUAAGAGGGUAUGGGGUUAUGCAACUGCCGAGCCAAGGAGAUAAGUAACUAUACAAUCUUUAGAAGACAUUUGAAGGCAGCCCUGUAUAGGGAUGUUUUUAAAUGUUUAAUGUUUUGUUACGUUUUUAUAUAUGUUGGAAGCUGCCCAGAGUGGCUGGGGCAACUCAGUCAGAUGGGUAGAGUAUUAUUAUUGUUAGCAGAUUAUUAUUAUUAAUAUUAUUAUUACUACUACUACUAUGGAAUAAGAUGUCCUUAUUUUCAUCAAAGAAAUGUUGAGCGUAUACAACAUGCAAACAAGACAAAAAAAAGAACAAAAACUUUGCAAGUCAUGUUAUUGCAGUUAGAAUAAAAUAAGCAGAAGUAGGUUUUGUAGACAUAUCAAAAUAAAAUUAUGUAAAGGCGCCUUUUGGAAGGAAAAGCUAUAUAUUCAUAAGGCAGACAUGCCACUUAGAGGGAUGUGUUGUCAGGGGCAAGCUAGUGUUUUGUGUUUUUGAAUUACACCCUGAUGGUGUGUGUGUGUGUGUGUGUGUGUGGCUGGCUAUUCUAUUUUCACAGGAUCCAAGGAGUUGUAAACAGGCUGGCCAGAUUAUUGAAACCUGGAGGAAUGAUUCUUUUUCGGGACUAUGGAAGAUACGACGCUUCUCAGCUUCGUUUCAAAAAAGGUGCUUCUCAAAGAGACAGUUGCUUUGUUUGUCUACUUGUUGUGAGUCCUCAGUAGGGAUGCAAUAAUCUAGCCUUCCUUUUCUCCUAUUAGGCCGCUGCUUGUCGGAGAACUUCUACGUAAGAGGCGACGGCACCAGAGCUUAUUUCUUCACAAAAGGUAUUUGGGCCAGCACUGUGCUUGAGGAGUGCCAUUUUACCUCAGAGAGAUAAUCUCUCUUCAUGGAUUUAUUCCAAGCCCCACUUUGGUUUAGGAACAUUUGCUCUUCAGGACAAAGGGCAAAACCUUAUUCUCCGCUGAUCUCCAAUGAGAUCAGGGCUGCCAUACAUUUAAAGCACACACAUCAUUCCAAAGAAUCCUGGGAACUCUCAUUUGGGAAUUAUAGCUCUGUGAGGGUGUCAAUCACAAGUCCCAGAAUUUUUUUUAGGGGAAGCCACAUGCUUAAAUGUAUGGCGUGUAUGCAGACUCAGUUAAAUUAGGCUCAAUAAAAUAAAAUAAUCGAUUACAGGUGGGUGGAUUUCGGUUGAACAUGAGGAGAAAGCUCAGCCAAAUGUGGGCUGUUUGUGGAAACCUUUUCCUCACAACAGCUCAGGUGUGAUCCUGAAAGCCAGUUGAUAAUUUGCACUUAAAAUGUUGUAUUAUUGCAUGAACCAUUUUGAGAGAAACACUAUAUAUAAUAAUGGGAUUCUUCCAGUAGGAUACAACUAUUGCAUUCAAAAUAACGGUUUGGGAGGAGAGUAGAAGUUGCAGCGCAGCACAUUGUUGAGAGCAGUAUUUUAAUUCCAUGUGGUGGUUUGUCCGGUUGUUCUGGGGGGUCUUACAGCAGUGUGGGGCACACACUGUGGGGCACACACGGAUGUCUGCAUCGACAGGGGAAGAGGCUUCAACUUGGCACGAGAUCCCUUUUCUUUCUGUGGAGUCCUGUCCUAGGCCCCUGUCUGUCAUGCUUAAUUAACUCUGAAUUAGCUGGCGUUUCGGCGUGUGUGUGCUUUUAAAUCAUUCCCACAGAGGUCUUUCUCUUCUGGAUUAUGAGAUGUGACCAAACUCACAUUUGCUUCCCAUAAUAUUUUCUAUUAACUGUGAAAGCUUUGGGAGGGGAGAGGAGAACGGGCGCCUGCAAAGAGGGCUUUCAACUUUGGUGUGACUGAUGAGUUUUCGUACACCACCGGGCAUGAGAUUCUGUAAUGAAAUUCAUGUGGCGCCGUGAAAUGUGUCUCCUUUCCCCCGCCUUGUAGGGUUAGCGUCCGCUGCUUGGCUUUCAGAACAGCAAGAAAGCGGGAGAGUGUUCCAUCCCUGACAUACUCUUAACUAGGGCUGGGCGAUAUCUGGCUUUCAAGAUCAUGACAGAUCAGCUGAGGAGCUGGUGAUAUGUCAGGGCUUCCCAGUUGCCAGUGGCAGCGCAGGCAGGCAGACACGAGUGAGGUGUGCUGUGUAUACCUGUGUAUACCUGAAGGCCCAGUAUCCCUGAAGGAGCAUCUCCACCCCCAAUGUUCAGCACGGACACUAAGGUCCAGCGCUGAGAGCCUUCUGGCGGUUCCCUCACUGCGAGAAGUGAGGUUACAGGGAACUAGGCAGAGGGCCUUCUCGGGAGUGGCGCCUGCCCUGUGGACCACCCUCCCAUCAGAUGUCAAGAAAAUAAACAACUAUCUGACUUUUAGAAGACAUCUGAAGGCAGCCCUGUUUAGGGACGUUUUUAAUGUUUGAUAUAUUACGGUAUUUUAAUAUUUUGUUGGAAGCCGCCCAGAGUGGCUGGGGAAGCCCAGCCAGAUGGGCGGGGUAUAAAUUCAUUAUUAUUAUUAUUAUUAUUAUUAUUAUUAUUAUUUUAUUAUGCUGGUGAAAGCCACUGAGCCAUGAUAUAUCCCAGCUUCCUUUUGGGUGAAACUCACCAGAAAUGGUGAAACUCACCAGAAAAAUAAGAAAUCAAGUUAACAAACUUUUUAUUUAAAAAAUGGAAAUUAUCUACUGAAUAUUUGCAGACAAUCUGUAAACAGAAAAGAAUAUUGGCAGGAUUAUUGUAAUAACCUGCAGUUUUAUAUGAGUAUACAUUUAAAGUAGAUGAAUUAAUGAUUAAGUUAAUUUGGUAUACAGUCGUACCUUGGUUUUGGAACAGCUCAGUUCUCAAACAUUUUGGUUCCCAAAUGCCGGAGUGACUGUUCUGAUUUACAAACGAUUUUUGCUUCUGACGGGGCUUCCGCGGCUUCAGAUUGGCUGCAGGAGCUACCUGCAGCGAAUCAGAAGCCGUGCUUUGGUUUCCAAACGUUUCGGAAGUCAAAUGGACUUCCAGAACGGAUUCCGUUCGACUUCCAUGGUACGACUGUAUACGGAAAAUAUAAAAAAUAAAUUUAAGGAACCACAGGAAAAGGGGAAGUCGAGUUUUGAAAUGUUAAAAUGACUGCAAAAUUAUUGAAAUGUCUAACACUGAAAAUCAUAAAUAAAAAUUAAAAAAAGAAAUAUAUAUCGCCAGCUCAAAAUGUCUGAAACGGGUAUCGCGGUUUGAAUCUCAUACCGGUUCCAGACAGUUAAUUGUAAUAUCAACCAGGUCUACUAUUUUUUAUAUGUAUACAUUUUUAUUGAUUUUUUAACAUAUCAUUUCCAACAGUCAUUUAACAUAACUUCUUAUCUUAUACAACAUUUUAGACUUCCGUCAACAACCUCUGAUGAUUUUCCAUUCUUUAUCACUUAUUCUGCAUUUCUUAAUUUCUCUAUUACUCUUAAUUAUCAUUAACUAAUAAUUCUCCUCAUAGUCUUUCUUGCAAUAUUUCAUAUAAUCCUCCUUACAGACCCUCUUGCAGUCCUACUAGCGUAAUCUGUUCAUUACAGUUGCUUUUCAAAUAGUUCAUAUAUUUACUCCAGUCUUCUAAGAAUCUCUGGUCCUGCAGGUUUUGAAUCCUUCCUGUUAAUUUAUCUAAUUCUGCAUAGUCCAUUAAUUUCGUCCGCCAUUCUUCUUUCGUAGGUAAUUCUUCUUGCUUCCAUUUUUGUGCCCAACCAGGUCUACUCUUCACUUAAACUGAAUAUAUAGCUGAAUAUCAUAUAGCUGGGAGGAUAGAAAUGGUUGCUUCAACUUACUCCUCUUGAAUUAGGAAUUUCAGAGCUUGCCAGGUAGCCUGAGUAGGUACCGCUUCCUGCUUUGUGAGAGAUCAAAUCCAGGAAGUGGCAUGCUCUUCUAGGCGGACCUAGACAUCUUUGACUACCUUGUUGCUUGCAUACCUGACAAGGCCAUGCUCUAAUGCAAACAUUUGCCUGCAAACCCUUUCACUGGCGUUUGUGAGCAGUUGAAGCUGUGGCUGCCGCAGAUUAGGCAGGUGAUGGCACUGCCCUCCCUCCCUGCUCAUUGCCCUCCAGGGGGUGCCCUCAGAAGCUUGGGUCGCAGUCCCAGGAGGUAUAAGCCUCUUAGCGAAACACUCACUUAGGGGGAGCAGGGUUCAAGGUGCAGUGCAGCACAGAUAACCAGUCUAAGUCCAAAACAUGAUCCAGAGACGAGGUCAGGUGACAGAGGGUUCAGGCAUGGUACAACACAGCAACAAAGGAGUACUCAAAUCAGGAGCAGACAUGCUGUACAAGGAGCCAGGGGGACAGUGUUGUUUCUAGGCCUAGGCCAUGGAUCAAUACGUCUUCCUAGACCGGUUUGAGGGCCAGAACAAGAUGGCGCAUUCCUCCAGAGAUAUAUCACAGGUGGAGCUUGCCUUACCUUCUCUGGCUGCCUAAUUCCUCCCUGUGCCAGCCACUGGUGGAGGAGGAAGCUGCCUCUGAGGCGGUUUGGCUUCCCCCCGGCGCCAAAUGAUGCUCCUUCCUUUUCAACAUCACGAUGUAUCGCUAUAUCGUGAUGUUUAGGUGGUGAUACAUCGUGAUGUUGAAAAGCUGGUAUCACCUAGUGCUGGAGGUGAAAUAGUUAAACAGGUUACCCAAUCAGAACCCAGGGGGGUGGAGUCAGAGGGACUAUAAAACCAGCUCUGGGAGGGGCGAAGAGGAGUUGUUUGUUGGGAGUUGGGUGGUUGGUUGGAGUGGGAGUGAAUUGGGAUAGAGUGUGAGUUAGUGUAGCGAAAUAAGCUGAGUCAGGAACAGUUAGGAGCUAGGAAGACAAGUAAAAAUCUGAGAGGUGGUUUAGUGAGUGAGACCAGGUAGCAGAAGUUAUAGGUCUGGAUAGGCACCCCUUGAUUGUAAUUGUAAUUGUAAUUGAAACCACACACUUGUUAAACUGCAAUAAAUAAACAGAAGUUUAUGUUCCAAUUUAACCCUGACUGGACUCAGUAUUUUACCGGGUAAGGCCUGGGUGGUGGCAGGGAGAAAUAAAGUGGUGGCACAGGGAUCAAUAGACGGUGAAACGUCCAGGGACCCUGUGUGAUCGCCACACCCAGCCCUAGUUGUUUCCAGCCACUUAGAAAGCUCACGAAGGAUGAUGAUAAUGGAUAAAGCAUGAUGAUGAUGAUGAUGAUGAUGAUGAUUUUUACAGUGGUACCUCGGGUUAAGAACUUAAUUCGUUCUGGAGGUCCAUUCUUAACCUGAAACUGUUCUUAACCUGAGGUACCACUUUAGCUAAUGGGGCCUCCUGCUGCCGCUGCGCCACCGCUGCACGAUUUCUGUUCUCAUCCUGAAGCAAAGUUCUUAACCUGAGGUAAUAUUUCUGGGUUAGCGGAGUCUGUAAUCUGAAGCAAAUGUAACCUGAAGCGUAUGUAACCCGAGGUACCACUGUACUUACUACUUAUAACCCGGCCAUUUGGCUGGGCCUCCCCAGCCACUCUGGGCGGCUCCCAACAGAAUAUUAAAAACACGAUAAAACAUCAAACAUUAAAAAAAUUCCCUAAACAGGGCUGCCUUCAGAUGUCGUCUAAAAAUCAGAUAGUUGUUUAUUUCCUUGACAUCUGAUGCGAGGGCGUUCCACAGGGCGGGCGCCACUACCGAGAAGGCCCUCUGCCUGGUUCCCUGUGACCUCUGUAUACUCUGGAAACCUAGACCCCAAGCUUCUGAAAGUAAAGGAACUUUGGCAGGUGCUCGCUCAAAUGCUGCAACAUGACUCUGGGCCUGUAGACGCACAUUUGGCAUGGACCUGGCGUUUUCCAUGCCAGAAUUGUCAAGGACUGAAGAGUGUCUCCUGCUCUUCCUUUGGCUGCUGGGUGUGUGAAAUGAUAACGAAACAAGGAACCAGGCAGAGGGCCUUCUCGGUAGUGGCACCCGCCCUGUGGAACACCCUCCCACCAGAUGUCAAGGAAAUAAACAACUAUCUGACUUUUAGAAGACAUCUGAAGGCAGCCCUGUUUAGAGAAGUUUUUAAUGCUUGAUGUUUUAUCACAUUAUUAUUAUUAUUAUUAUUAUUAUUAUUAUUCUGUUGGGAGCCACCCAGAGUGGCUGGGAAAACCCAGCCAGAUGGGUGGGGUAUAAGUAAUAAAUUGUUAUUAUUAUAAACGAAAAGUCGAUCCGCUGCAACACAAGACAUGGAACGUAAAGAAAUCCUGCAGUGCCUGGAGAUCCUGAGGGUGCAAUUUUACUCCUGCUGUAAUCCGUGACUUUGUUAGCAGCAUCCUACAUAGAUCUUUUAUUAUUAUUAUUAUUAUUAUUAUUAUUAUUAUUGCCCUGUUUUAAAUGAGUGUAACUUGGCUAUUUAUUUUACAAAACACAGAUGAAAUACACAGCAUUUUCUCUUCGGCGGGCUUAACCGAAGUGCAGAACCUGCUCGAUCGACGUCUGCAAGUAAACAGGAAGAAGAAGGUGAAGAUCCAUAGGGUCUGGAUUCAAGGCAAGUUCCAAAAACAAGGGGAGCUGACUCAAGAGUAGGCAAGAAAAUGCUGCAGGUAAACACAACUCUUAGCCUGAGCAGGCAUUUCCUCUCAAACGUCCUCAAAAACCAGGAAAACAUUUGAGCAGAAACACUUUAUUUACCAUUUCUGCAUAUGCCGGUGUGAAUUGGACACAACCCAGAAGUGCGUGUGUGUUUGUGACUUGCCUUUUGCACACUCAUUGGGAAGGAAUUUCUACAUUGCAGGGGCUAGUUGAGCCUCGUAGUCCCUUCCAACUCUACAAUUCUGUGAUUCUGUGAAUGAAACUGUUUCGGCUGCUUUUGUGUACUGUUCAUUGGUGGAAAGCAAUUGCUUUUUAAUUACUGUCCCGACCAGGAGAUUCAAAAGAUUGCUGGAGGGCCAAAGGUUUGGGUCAGGAUUUUGACAGUGAAGGUGGGGUGGGGAAAGCUGAAGACUAAAAGUGGAGAAAAAGAGACCAAAGGGGAAAUGAAACUUCAAGACUAAAAGAGGGGAAGGAGGAAGAGGAGGAGACCAAAACGGCCUUGGUCCAGUAUAUCUGAAGGAGCGUCUCCACCUCCAUCGUUCUGCCCAGACACUGAGGUCCAGCACCGAGGGCCUUCUGGUGGUUCCCUCACUGUGAGAAGUGAGGUUACAGGGAACCAGGCAGAGGGCCUUCUUGGUAGUGGCGCCCGCCCUGUGGAACGCCCUCCCACCAGAUGUCAAGGAGAACAACAACUACCAGACUUUUAGAAGACAUCUGAAGGCAGCCCUGUUUAGGGACGUUUUUAAUGUUUGAUGUAUUAUGGCAUUUUAAUAUUUUGUUGGAAGCCGCCCAGAGUGGCUGGGGAAGCCCAGCCAGAUGGGCGGGGUAUAAAUAAUAAAUUAUUAUUAUUAUUAUUAUUAUUAUUAUUAUUAUUAUUAUUUAAAACAAUUACGGGAAAGAGAAAGUUGAACUGAGCUCUCCUGCCCUUCGGAUUGGCCAACAGGUUGGUAGGAGGUAAGGAAUGAAUGCAUAGAAGUAAAGCUGGAAAGGGGAGUAAGAACGUUAUUGUGGGAAGAAGAAAGCAAAACCCUAACCCCACCCCUUCCCACAAAUACACUUAAACAGAUAAAGGAAGUUAAUCAGCCGAAGGCCUGGUUGAAGACGAACGUUUUGCCUGGUGCCUUAAAGGUGUAUAAUGAAGGCAUCAGGCAAUCCUUCCCAGGGAGAGCAUUCGACAAACGGGGAGCCACUGCAGAGAAGGCCCCAUUCUCACGUUGCCAACUUCUGGACACAAAGGCACACAAAGAAGAGCCUCAGGGUCCAGAUGGGUUCCUAUGGGGAGAGGCAGUCCUUUAGGUACCGUAUUUUUUGCUCUAUAAGACUCACUUUUUCCCUCCUAAAAAGUAAGGGGAAAUGUGUGUGCGACUUACGGAGCGAAUGCAGGCUGCGCAGAUAUCCCAGAAGCCAGAACAGCAAGAGGGAUUGCUGCUUUCACUGCGCAGCGAUCCCUCUUGCUGUUCUGGCUUCUGAGAUUCAGAAUAUUUUUUUUCUUGUUUUCCUCCUCCAAAAACUAGGUGCGUCUUGUGGUCUGGUGCGUCUUAUAAAGCGAAAAAAUACAGUAUUUCAGUCCUGAGAUGCUUAAGGCUUUAUAGGUCAAAACCAGCCCUUUGAAUUGAGCCCAGAAACUAAUUGGCAGCCAGUGCAGUUGGGCCAUUUGCAAAGUUGACACGUUGUUAAAUAUCCUGAAAGAAAGGAAGGGACGUUUGAGAUUGUUGUGGUUUUUUUUUUUUUUUUAGCAAACUGGAAUUGGUUUGUGUGCUUUUGGAACACUUGUUUUAAUCAAAGCAUUUUUUUUACACUUGUUUGGUGAGCUAUAUGAAGCAUAAGGAGAAUGGAUGUAAUAGUAUGAACUGUACAUGCAUAUGGAACCAUG